CCUGUUGCUAAGGCGAUGAAUUUUGUUUAAUCUUUUUUUUUUUUUUAAUCUUUAGAUAUGUAUUCAUAUAUUACAUAUAUCAAUUGAUUGUUCUACCGCUGAAGUUUUGAAAAUAUAAUUAUUUGCAAAAAUAAUAACAAUGGCUAAAUCUGUUACUGUAUACGAGAAGCCAACGCCUCAUCUUGGUCUACCAGAUUGGUAUGCAAAACAAUGGGAACUUGAACAAUCUGCAAAUAAUCGUAUUACUCAUUCCUUUGAGCUCCGAAAUACUGCUCGUACUUUGCGAAAUGAAACAAAAAUUAGAACUGAAUGGGAUACGUCGCUGAACAAUACGAGAUUGGAUGAUAGAGUAAAUGAACUUUCAAAAUGGGAAGAAACUGCAUCAAAAUUAUUGAAUGAAUUAUCAUUAGAAAAAAAACGUUUGAAAGAUGAAAGAGCUGAAGCUGAAAAAGAGUUGGAUAGUAUUCAGCACCCGAUUAAAGUUGCAGCUGAAUGUAUUUCAAUGAGAGACUGUCGUAGAGGUACUGAGUUGACUUACGAUGAACCUGACACUGAACUCAAAAAGGAACUGACAGUAAUUGAGGGACUGAAAAAAACGUUAACGGAUAAAGUGCAAGCCGCCUGGGAAAAAUUGAAUCGACUUGAAGAAAUUGAAUUUAAAGUUAAUUUGGAUUUACAAGAUAAAGCAGAAGCUAUUGAAAUUGAUAAGGAUAAUUCUAAUCUUAAUCGUAAUUCAGCUAUUAUAAGUUACAAACCCAAUGCUCUGAGAAUUCCUAAAGAUUCAAAAACAUACGACACUUGGUUAGAACAUUGUCGUUAUAUAAAAAGUUUAGCCGAAAAUGAAUUAAAAGACGCGCAUACUUUUCGCGAUAUAAUGAGCGUAAUGCGAAAGCGCGCUAAAAAUGAUAUGGAAGCUCAGCAAGAUGCAAGCGAUUACGCAUUGAGAAAAAGGAUUCAUCAGACUCAAAAAUCCAGAAAUGAAAUGGAAUGGCAAAAACAAAAAGUACAGAAUGAAUUGGAGUUGUUGGAAAAAGAAAUACGUCGACUUGAAAAUGCUUUGAUAAAUAAAAUAGAUAUUAUUAAAUGCGCUGAGACUAGAUUAGAAAAUCGCACUUAUCGUCCUGGUUAUGAAUUGUGUAGAGAUGAAGCAGAAUUUGGAUUAAAAGAUGAAGUACUGCAACUUCGUCAAACCAAAGAAGAAUUAUUAGCAAAAAUUAAUUGUUCAAAGGCUACGUUCAAUAGAUUGGAGCAGCUGCUUAUUCAAAUAGACAGAAAUCUCGAUGACAAACAACACUCGCUUAUGACUGACAUCAAAUGCUUGGACAUGAGAUCGUCACUGAAAACAGGAAGGCGCACUCGAUUGGCCAAUGAAACUGAUAGAAAUAUUAUUCUAACAAAUUUAGAAGAUGAAAUACCUUUUGAAUCUUAA